UUUAAAAAAUAAAUUUAUUUGGUAACAUUGGUUAAUAACACUGUAAGAAUUCCUGGUGCACCACUUUACAGUACAACAAUACUUACCCCCGAAGCCUGGUCUCCUUCCGUCACCAUAUAUUUGGCCGCUUUUACUCUUUGUCCUCCUUGUACCCAUACUUCUUAUCACAGAUUCGAAGAGACCCUCACUCCAAUUUCUGCCUGUCUCACUGGGAGAUCGGUUGGGAGGGAAAAAGCUGGCUUUGGCCUGCCUUACCACCGAGUGGCUCCAAGGUCCAGGGGUGACGGUCCUUGGCGGCCCUGAGUUCCCAUCUCUGUCCUUGCGAUUCACUCCCCUUGGCAGAAAGAAGCUGUGGCGGGUUCACCAGCAGCAGAGAAUGUUCCUUUUGUUUUUCCUAAUUCAGAGCUAAUCAGAUUCUGGCCGCCCUGGGCUCUCUGGGGAUGAAUCUAAUCAAGGAGGGGAGGACAGCAUUGCUCUUCGGCGCAUUCUGCCUGUCGGAGUCGGGGCAAAGGAUUAGCUCCCAGAGGACACGGGAGGAGUGAGGCGCACCGUCUGCCUACAAGGGGCUCGCAGGGUGCUUCAGCCCAGAGGUCCCACCAGCUCACAGGACAGGACACCCACGAGGCUGCCGCCUCAGCAUGGAGAGCCAAGCCAGCAUGGCGCCCGCCCCCAGAGCGCUGCCCUACUAUGUGGCUUUCUCUCAGCUGCUGGGCCUGACGGUGGUGGCCAUGACGGGUGCUUGGCUCGGCCUGUACCGAGGAGGCAUUGCCUGGGAGAGCGCCUUGCAGUUUAACGUGCACCCCCUCUGCAUGGUCAUAGGCCUGGUCUUCCUGCAGGGAGACGCCCUGCUGGUUUACCGCGUCUUCAGAAACGAGGCCAAACGCACCACCAAAAUCCUGCACGGGCUGCUGCAUGUCUUCGCCUUCAUCAUCGCCCUGGUGGGCCUGGUGGCGGUGUUUGACUACCACAGGAAGAAGGGCUAUCCGGACCUGUACAGCCUGCACAGCUGGUGCGGCAUCCUCGUCUUUGUUCUCUACUUGGUGCAGUGGCUGGUGGGCUUUAGCUUCUUCCUGUUCCCGGGGGCUUCGUUUUCUCUGCGGAUCCGCUACCGCCCACAGCACGUCUUCUUCGGCGCUGCCAUCUUCCUGCUCUCCGUGGGCGCCGCCCUGCUGGGCCUGAAGGAGGCGCUGCUGUUUAAACUCGGGACCGAGUACAGCAUGUUCGAGCCCGAGGGCGUCCUGGCCAACGUGCUGGGCCUGCUGCUGGCCGGCUUUGCUGUGGCCGUGCUCUACAUCUUGACUCGAUCCGACUGGAAGCGGCCCCCCCAGGCGGAAGAACAAGCUCUCUCCAUGGACUUCAAGACGCUCACAGAGGGCGACAGCCCCAGCUCCCAGUGACUGGAGCUGUUCUCGUCCUGCGGGCAGGGGCCUGGCUGUGGCUGGCCUCCUCAGGCCCGGGGGGGCUCUGACGGGUGUCUUUCCACAGCCACGGAGGCUGCCUUCAGGGCUCCCGCUCCCCACGAUGGCUGGGCGGGUGGGUGGGGAGCGUGGGGGCAGCGUCCCUCUUUGAGCAAUGAUUUCUGGGAUUUGGAGCUUGGCCGCCUCUGCUUUCUCCUCCUCCCCGCUGCUUUGGUGUCCUGUUAGUCAUGCGCACACCCCGGCCCCCGUCGUCCCCGUCAGCCCCUGCCAUGGAGAAGCUUUGGGUGGUCAGCCCUGGUCGCAGAAGCUCAGAGCCCUGAAGGAGACGGAGUGCGCCCCUCCCCCUCGAGGCGGCGGGUGCUGGACCGAAUCCAGGGGCUGCAGAGAGCACAAGGCUGUGGGAGGAACCCAGGGGCCUCAGCGACAGGCCUGGCAAAGCCAAGACUUGCUUUGUGUAACUGAACUCAAACCAGGAGUCUCGCUUGCUGAGUAGCACGUGGUCUGAAUGGGCUCAGUGUUUGGCAGGGGAGCAAGUGAUAUUAUGUGCAAUCUGUGGUGGAGAUCAGAGCGAGGUUCCCCCGGAGAGGGGAGGUACUGGCCCCUUGGAAGCUCCACUGAUGUGGCUUUGGCCCAGCCUUGCUCUGGAGUCUUCUUCUUCUUUUUUUUUUUAACUCUCUGGACCCAGAACGGCUUUGCUGGGAAGGGGAUAGGGGCACAGGACUUCAGACAGACGUGCCCUCGGCAGCUGUGGGCACUUGCAGGAGAGGAGGGAGACAGCCCCCUGCAAAGGCUGUGGCGGGUGGUGGGUUCCCUUGCAGCUCAGCCUGCACGCUCCCAUGUCCCCACCUCCGUGGGCCAGCGCGGGCACUGCUCUGACCGGAGGUGAGGACACAAACCCUUUUAAACGAAAAGCUGCCACUUUUGCCCCUUUUCAUGUACAUGGGGCUGCCUGCUUCUGUUGGGGGGCGGGGAGCCUCAUCUGCCCUCCACCUUCACAGGAAGUUGGGACCAAGUCCGAAUUCCCCCGACCCCACACAUGAGUUAUGCUGUUAGCUGAGUCACUGUUUGGUCUCAGUUGAGAAAUAAUGUGAUUGGGGCAUUGAUCUUGUGCUUCUCCGACUUGGCGCAAGCUCUCUCCUUGUUUUCCUCGUUUUCUGGGCUUUGGGGAGCAUGACACAGUUUCAGACAGACGCAGUUUACUUAAAGGAAGAAAUUAAAAAAAAAAAAAAAAUCCAAACCUGACUGUCGUUCUUUUAGGGGUUGCUUUUUCCCCACCUAAAUGCUGCUCAGAUUUCUAAUCCACGGCUGUUGCUGCGGGUCCUGCCUCAGGCGGUGCCACUUCUCCGAGCAGGUGGCUGCGGUCCAGCGCCCUCCCCCGUAGGGCCGCCUGGGCUCCCGGAGCCUCUCAUCUCCACUGCAGCCUGGAUGAGGGUGUUGGCCUCCUGUUUAGAUCAUGCAAGGGCAGGGGUGCCAUUAAUUCAUCACCUGGCACACACUCGUGUAGUCAAAUGUUUACAUGUGGGAAAAACUCCACCCUGGACAAACUACCAAAGUACAAUGUGUAUCUCCCUUGCCAGAAUGCCACAUAGAAAAACGAAACCUCAGAUCUGCAGUGGAAGUCUGUAAACUGGUCUGUUUGCCAAAGUGUAUAUUGGAUGACAAAGGAGCCAAAAAGCCCCCGAAAGCGGAUUCAUGGUGGUUUAUUUUGUCUGUGGCCAGUCUCCUGUGAAGUACAAUGCAGUGUUGGUGCAGCAUACGAUUUAAUAAAUGUCUAGAGCAGC